GCACCAACUAGUGGAAGCACUGAAAUCAUUAAGGCAAACAAGAGCAAAUUCAUCAGUCAUCAGAGACGUAAAAAGAAGUUAUAAUGGCUGGAACCCAUGGGAGAUUCAGGCGCAAGCUCAAGACUUUACGGAGGAUGAAAGUGACAUCUGCUGCAACAAAGGCGGAGAUGACCUAUGUUAGACAGGAAACGGCACAAAUGGCCGCUUCAAUGGAAGAUAUAAAAUUCGAGCAUGACUUGUUAAAGGCAUCACUCCACCAACAAUUUAAUGAUAUGCUUCUUGUGUCAGAAGCGGUGGACAAUCUUACCCAAAUUAUACUUCAGCUUUAAUUGGCUGAGGAUGGAUAAAAGCCAUUUAUAACAUGUUCCCUCAAUGUUGUGUCACAAGUCCAUGGUUCGACUUUAGAAUGAAAGUUGUCUCUUUUAAUACCCAUGUCAUGUAUGUUGUUUGGUUUUAGUUAGGUUUGGUACUUCAACAUCUUCCUAGGGUUUGGGAUCUCGGCUGAGUCUUAAGGAGUUAAUGAGUUUCGGGGUUUUAGUUCUAAAUGGUCUUUUAGGACAAGUUUGGAAAUUAGGAUAAGAUUGGAUGAGAUAAAAUCAAUAGGAAAGGAUAUG